AUUAAGCUACUGUAUAAAUAAGUAUAAAGUGAACUAUGGCUUUGAUAAACCUUUAAGUUAGUUUAUUAGAAAUCUUCAAAUUAUUACUAGUCAAUCUUAAAACAGACAAAAUGACGGUUGGAGAUAUUACUGACGAAAAAAGAAAUGAAAAUGGGACAAACAGUAUAUCAAAGCAUGAUGAAGAAAUUCAAGUUUCAGAUACAAAAGCUGCAAGUUUUGAAGAUGCAAUUACAGCUACGGAGUUUGGAAAAUUUAAUAUUUUUCUAAUGGUAGUAACAAUGCUACCAUGUUUUUCUCAAACAUUUGAAACAGGAGCGAUAUCUUUUGUAGUCCCCGUUGCACAAUGUGACUUGAAUUUGUCUUUAGAAGAUAAAGGAGUAUUAAAUGCAAUGGUAUUUGCAGGAAUGAUUACCAGUGGAUUCUUUUGGGGAUAUUUAAGCGACUCAUUAGGCAGGAAGCGAAUUAUUACUUAUGGAUAUUUUUUAAAUGGACUUGUCGGUAUAAUGGGAUCUAUGUCGCCAAAUAUCCUCUUGCUAAUGAUAGCAAAAUUUUUUAAUGGAUUAUUAAUUAAUGGUCCCUUUGAGUCAGCUACAUCAUAUUUAUCAGAGUUCCACUCUGCAAAAUACAGAGCUAGAGUACAAAUGGUAAGAGGAAUAAUACUAAGUUUUGGUAAUGUGCUGUUACCUCUGAUUGCAUGGGGCAUUCUGCCAAGAAAUUUAGACUUUAAAAUUUUCGAUUUCAUUGAUAUCCACGCCUGGAACGUAUUUUUGUUGAUAUGUACACUAACAACGAUUUUGGGUGCAACAGUGUAUCUCUUUAUGCCAGAGAGUCCUAAGUUUUUGAUGAGCGCGGGAAGGAAUGAAGAAGCUCUCAAGGUAUUUGAAACGGUGUACAGGAUUAACACAGGGAGACCAAGAAAUACCUUUCCGAUCAAGUUUUUAGUCGCAGAAACAAACAACACUACUAAAAAAAGUACUGCUGAGGCUUUAUUGGAAGGUAUGCAUGAAAUAAAAUCAUUGUUUCAACGGCCUUACAUUUUCAAAUUACUACUCGCUUGUACCAACUGCUUUUUGAUUAUGAUGAGUGCAAAUACCUUAAAAUUGUGGUUACCGCAACUUUUUCAAGCAAUCAAUGAUUUUCAAUACAAUCAUAAUGGUAUGAGUUCCGAUUUAUGCACCAUGCUGGAAGACUUGACUCCAACAAAUUCUUCAACUGGAACUUGUUCAGUCAAUUUAGAUAACAAAUCUGUAUACAUUAACUCUAUAGUAGUGGGCGCAUCAAGAAUAGUUGCUUUUCUAGUGGCUGGACCAUUUGUAAAUAUGCUGGGAAAAAAGAAACUGAUAAUUAUUAUGACCGUUUUUGCCGGAAGUUUUUCAACUUCGAUAUACUUCGCCCAGGACUCAUCAACUGUGUUAGUUUUGUCAUCUAUGAAUUUAGCAUUUAUCAGUGUCAGUGAAAACGUGCUAAGUACAGUAACACUGGAACUGUUUCCGACAACUCUAAGGACAGUAUCGCUUUCUCUGCACAUGAUGAGUGGACGAAUAGGAACAAUACUUGGUAACGUUAUUUUCUCAUAUUUACUGUAUACUGGAUGUGCACCACCUUUUGUAUUCAUCGGACUACUUGCAUUUGGAUGUGCUGGUCUCUCUUUGUUGUAUCCCAAUACAGAAAACAAAGAAUUGCGAUGAUCCUAAGUUCCUUUAGUAAAUAUAUAAAUAGUUAAUUUAUUGUACUUGUGAUCCAAAUAAAGUUUACU